AUGUCUAAAAGUACGCUGAAGGCUUUGCUAAAACGUGAACGGCAGUUAUAUGUUAUUUUUGAUGGUACGGAUAGAUUCAUCCAAACCUAUCAGAUUGAUAGUGAUCGGUGUCAAUUAAGUUCGAGAUUGCAUGUGAUUGAUACUGUGUACAGUGAGUUUUUUGAAAUACGGAGCAAAAUUGAACUUUUGCUGGAUGAAGCGGAUGAGAAAGAGCAGAAAGAUGCUGACAGUGAAGUCAAAGGAGAAAUUGCCAAGCAACGUGAAGAGGAAAACGACAAGGUUCUACAACAAUUCGAUGACCGAUACUUCGCCAUCCGAGGUGACCUCCUUAGACUCCAAGGUGAUAAGGAUGCCUUAGGUGUGAACACAACCAGCAACAGUCAGAGUCAGUCUGCGUCAGGAAAUACUUCGAGAGUAAAGCUACCAGAGAUACGUUUGCCGUCCUUCAGUGGAAAAAUAAGAGAGUGGAUUACAUUCCGGGAUUCCUUCCGAAGCCUUAUCCAUGACAACGAGCAUCUGACGGCUAUGGAUAAGUUUACAUACCUACGUUCCUCUCUACAGGGUGAUGCACUGAAGGAAAUCAACAACAUAGAGCUUUCAGAGGCAAACUACGAUGUCGCCUGGAAAACUUUACAAGUUCGCUAUGAAAAUAAGAAGCUGAUUGUGAAGGCUCAUCUCGACGCUCUUUUCGCCCUCGAACCGCUUAAAAAGGAGAAUUACGACGGUCUGAACUUCCUCAUCAGCGAGUUCGAGAAAAACUUGAUGAUGUUGCAGAAAAUCGGAGAGCCAACGGAGUCUUGGAGCACAAUAUUAGUCUACAUGUUGUGUUCUAGGCUAGAUUCUGCAACAUUGCGCCAAUGGGAGACGCAUUACGGGUCUAAGGAGGUCCCAACGUACGAAGAGCUGCUACUGUUCCUGCAAGGUAAUUGCUCUGUUCUCCAAUCAAUCACCUCUGCAAGAAAUCCACCAUCCGAAGCCCGUCAGACGAGAUCAGCAGUUUGUAAUACAACCAUCAGAUCAGUUUCACGUUGUCCGUUCUGUGCAGAUCCAUGGCACUCACCGUUCCAGUGUGGCAAAUUUCAACGGAUGAAGGUUCCCGAGCGAAUGGAUGCUGCCAUUCGCAACAAGUUGUGUCGGAAUUGUUUGAUGCCAGGCCACUUCUACCGAAAUUGUGAACGAGGUUCUUGCCAUCAUUGUCAGCAGAAGCACCACAGUAUGUUACAUUCCAGAUCCUCCGUUCCACAGUCGCAGUUUUCGGCACAAUACCGACAGCAGAGUCAAACGCGUUCGGUGCAGCAAAUACCGUUUCAACCGCAACCGCAGCCAAUGAAUCAACAGCAACAACACAACUCAAGACCAAUACAGCAUGCGCACACCACUACACAGCAUGCACAAACCCACUCACACAACACAAACACAAAUCUAGACAACGCACAAGCCACCACAAGUCAGAAUUACGUAGCACUUCCGUUUACACCGUCUCGUAAUAUUUUACUGUCCACGGCGAUGAUCCGAAUCAAGGAUCGUUUUGGAAAUACACUUCUGGCACGUGCGCUGCUAGAUUCGUGUUCUCAGCAUUGUUUGAUGACACGUGAAUUCUCUCGACGGCUUAAGUUCCAUGAAACUCCAACGUUUUUGUCGGUGCAAGGCAUCGGCUCUUCUCAAAUGGUUUCUACGAAGUUAGUUUCUGCAGAAGUUGGUUCCAGAUCCCCCAGAAUUUCACAGUUUAAAGAAUGGAUGCAAUUUUUUGUACUGCCAAGGUUGACAGUUGAUCUGCCUACUGCUGCUUUUGAUCCUUCGAUUCUUACGCUGCCGAGUUCGGCCUGUUUAGCAGAUCCUGGGUUUUAUGAGUCUGGUCCAAUUGAUGUUAUAAUUGGAGCCGAAUUUUAUAUGGAUUUACUGUCAGAUGGAAGAAUGAAGCCGUUAGAGAACGGACCCACAUUACAGAAUACAGUUUUCGGAUGGAUUGUGUCUGGUAGAUUGCCCAAUAAUCAAAAUUCAGUUUCUCAGUCAGAAGUUUAUGUCUGUUCAGUCGGUGACAUACAAGAUCAGCUUACACGUUUUUGGGAGCUCGAAACAUGUCAUGUUCGCAGCAUUCAGUCGAUUGAAGAGUCAGCUUGUGAAGAGAUUUUUAAGAAUACUACUGUCAGAGAUGAGUCAGGAAGAUUUGUUGUAACGUUGCCCAAAAAAGAAGGUUUUUUGAAUCGGAUUGGAGAUUCUAAACUUAUCGCCACGAAACGGUUUUUGAGUUUGGAGAAACGAUUAUCAAUGGAUUCUGAAUUGAAAAGGUUGUAUUCUGAAUUUAUUCAUGAGUAUCAGAGUCUUGGUCAUAUGUCAGAAGUUAUCGACAGCUCAAGUCAGUUAAAUGAAGUUUGCUACUAUUUGCCGCAUCACGCAGUUCUUAAGCCCGAAAGUACCACGACAAAGUUACGGGUGGUUUUCGACGCUUCCUGUAAGUCGUCGACAGGAGUCUCUUUGAAUGAUGCGCUUAUGGUUGGCCCGGUUGUACAAGAUGAGCUGAUCGAUAUUGUUUUGCGAUUCAGAUUGUGUCAGUUUGCGAUUGUGGCAGAUAUUGCCAAAAUGUACCGUAUGAUCCAAAUUCAGAAAUCAGACCAAAAAUUACAGAGAAUUCUUUGGCGAGACUCCACCGAUCAACCCCUUCGCACUUACGAGUUGUUAACAGUAACCUACGGAACAGCGUCAGCGCCUUACUUGGCAACAAAGUGUUUGCAAGUCCUAGCCGAUCAGGGUUCUAAAACUCAUCCCUUAGCGACGAAGAUUUUGGGUCGUUGUUUCUACGUCGAUGAUAUGCUUGCUGGAGUUGACAGUAUCGAAGAAGGUGUUCAGUUAGUCAAAGAAAUGUCAGAAUUAAUGGACUCAGCAGGUAUGUCCUUGCGAAAAUACGUUUCGAACAGCUCAGAAAUACUCUUAGAAAUCCCUGAAAAUCUUCGAGAUGAACGUUCGGUUUUGGAGCUUGAUUCAUCAAGCUCGACGGUGAAAACUUUGGGAUUGUUAUGGGAACCAGAGUCAGAUGUUUUUCGGUUUAGUACCCCAAGUUGGAAGAGUUCAGCACCCAUUACGAAAAGGUCAAUUUUGUCAGAUGUUUCCAAGUUAUUUGAUCCAUUGGGAUUAGUCGGUCCUGUGAUUAUUCAGGCAAAAAUUUUCGUUCAAGAACUUUGGAAACUACAAUGUGGAUGGGAUGACGAACUUACCGAAGAUUUGAAAAGCGCUUGGGAUGAAUACAGAAGAAAUUUGAUUGGGUUAGAUAAUGUGUCAGUACCACGAUGGGUGGGUGUCAGUAAAACAGUCAGUUCAUUACAAAUUCAUGGAUUUUGUGAUGCGUCAGAGAAGGCCUAUGGGGCCUGUAUUUAUGUCAGAACUGUGUCAGGAUCGGGAGAAACUGUUGUUCACUUGAUGACCUCAAAAUCACGAGUUGCCCCUCUAGAGAAUCUCCAGAAAAAGAAGAAACGUCAGUCAAUUCCAAGAGGGGCCAAGAAGAAACAACAACAGCAUCAACAUCCGAGAAUACCGCGCCCACAGCCACUUGUUGCUUACAAUCGACUGUCAGUGAGGGAGCUUUUCCCCCAUUUGGGGCUGCAGGCUGGAGCGAGAUGA